UCCCUCCUGCCGUGGGCUCCUCCGGCGCUCCAUCGCACCCGGCAUUGAGCGCCGCGAUGUGGGCCGCGCUGUCGCUGCUGUGCGCCGGGGCCUGGCUGCUGAGUGCCCGGGCCACCGCCGAGCUGACCGUGAACGCCAUAGAAAAGUUUCACUUCAAGUCAUGGAUGACACAGCACCAAAAGACAUACAGCUCGGUGGAGUACAACUACAGACUGAAGACAUUUGCCAACAACUGGAGGAAGAUACAUGCCCACAACCAGAGGAACCACACAUUUAAAAUGGGAUUGAACCAGUUUUCAGACAUGACCUUUGCUGAAAUAAAACACAAGUACCUCUGGUCAGAGCCUCAGAAUUGUUCAGCCACCAAAGGUAACUACCUCCGAGGUACUGGCCCCUACCCGCCCUCCAUGGACUGGCGGAAGAAAGGAAAUUUUGUCUCAGCAGUGAAAAAUCAGGGAUCCUGUGGCAGCUGCUGGACUUUCUCCACCACAGGGGCCCUGGAGUCUGCUGUGGCUAUCGCCAGUGGGAAGAUGCUGUCUCUGGCUGAGCAGCAGCUGGUGGACUGUGCCCAGAACUUCAAUAAUCAUGGCUGCGAAGGAGGUCUCCCCAGCCAGGCCUUCGAGUACAUCCUCUACAACAAGGGCAUCAUGGGAGAAGACACCUACCCUUACAGAGGCAGGGAUGGUCGAUGCAAGUUCGACCCAAAAAAAGCCAUCGCAUUCGUCAAGGAAGUCGCCAACAUCACGCUCAAUGACGAGGAGGCAAUGGUGGAAGCUGUGGCACUGUACAACCCUGUGAGCUUUGCCUUUGAGGUGACUGAUGAUUUUAUGUUGUAUCAAAAAGGCAUUUACUCCAGUACUUCCUGCCAUAAAACUCCAGAUAAGGUAAACCAUGCAGUCCUGGCUGUUGGCUAUGGAGAGAAGGAUGGAAUACCCUACUGGAUCGUGAAAAACUCUUGGGGCACCCAGUGGGGGGAUAAAGGGUACUUCCUCAUUGAGCGUGGAAAGAACAUGUGUGGCCUGGCUGCCUGUGCCUCCUACCCCAUCCCUCAGGUAUAAGCAAAGGCUUCAAAGGCAAAGUGAGGAACCAGCCCUUCGAUGGAAAUGUGGAGAAAUUCACCCAGAGUGAAUUCACCCUCAGGCCUGCACUGAGCCUAGAAGAACAAAGAUGUUCAAGUUAAGAAGAGGAGCUCCACCAGCAACAAGGCCACCCAUGUGGCAGCCAUCACCAGCCGAAGGCCUUGACUGUGGUUUUGAACUGACUCCAACUCCCAUGGCCUCAAAUCUUCUCUUUCUAGCUCUCCUCAUGUAGAGAGAGCUGCAGUGACUGCCUUCUCUGUGUUGUGUAUUCAAUAAACUAAACACCUCCCUGA